AUGUUUGGUGCCGCUGUCACCAUCCUACUCUCGGCGGGUCUGGGAGCUAUCGCCGCCGCUGUGCCGGCUGCAGUCGGGGGCGAUUUUAACGUCACUAGUCCCCAGCUCUAUCCCGAGAAGUGUGUAUUCGACCAGAAGCGAACUGUUCUGUACUGCAGUGAGCUGUACGAAUCCAAGAUUGCGGUGAUUGACUUGAAAACGAAUACCGUCGUCAAGACUAUCGACUUUCCAGGACUUUCUGGAAAUGCAGACUACCACGCAAGUGGUAUCCUGCUUCAGGGCCCAGACCGAUUGAUAUCUUCGAUCAACACUGGUGCAGCAUUUGAAACCACGGGCAGGAAUAUUUCUGGGACCAACUUCCUCCUCAUUACUGACUUGGAAACUGGCCAGGAGAAGGCACGGGUUGAUGUUACUGCUGUGACAAAGGGGGCCUACGGAGGGCCACAGGACUUCGCAGUCGAUACCUGUGGCAACAUUUAUGAAGUUUUUACUUACCCAGGCGCCAUUAUCAAGGUGACGCCCAGUUUGAAGGUCAUUCCUUGGCAUUUAAGUGGUGAUACCAACGCUACCAAGACGGGCUUCACCGGCAUUGUAUCCAACGGGAAUCUUUUGCUCGCGAGUAACCAGCAAAAGGGUGGUACACUAGUGCGCUUCAAUGCCGGCGAUGCAACGGGCCAGCCCUUUGAAGUUCCCAUUGCAAACAACGAGAAGCUUGGCGACGGCCUCGAUGGCAUCUCUCUGCCUGCCAAGUAUCAGGGCACCGUUCUUCUGGUGACUACUAGUCAGGGAGGAACCAGUGUGUUUCGAUCAAAGGAUGGUAAAUGGAACUCGGCCGAGAAACUCGGAACCGUACCCAACCCUCUCUUGGAUAAACAAGGGUUUUCUACGAUAGCUUUUGACCGGGAAGAUCGUAUCUAUUCCGUCUUUGAAUGGUUUUUGGAUUCAAGGCAGCCUCCCAAUCUGAAUGGUCUCUCUGGCAACCGAACUGUGUUUCCUUUCCAGGAUAUCACGGACGCUGUUGACAAGCUCGUGCAGUAA